CCCCAAAGAUCACCGAGAGGUCGACAUGGCAACAUUCUCAGCCAUCCUGCUGUCGGUGCUGGCGCUGGUGACGGCUGCCCAAGAGAUUCAGACACUUCAAGAUCUAUCCAACACGCUGCUCCUCAACCAGCUGGCAAUGUCCAACAUGCUGGCUGAACGCGACUCCGGAACCAGAGUAAUAAGAGAGUGGCUGAACGACCUGCAAUCAAACAUUACCUCCGAAAUAGCGGCUUUGCAGAACGUUGUUAAAGCUAAUGGUGUUCCCCAAGAUGCUGGUAAAGGGGUCGUGGAGUGCGUGGCACCGUUUGUGGACGUGUAUGGUCACUGUAUCUUGGUGGAGACGGCACUGACGGGAACUUGGGAAACAAUGAGACGUCACUGUCAGCAGAAGGGCGGCGAGAUUGUCAAGGUUGACUGUGGCAACUUCAUGUAUUACCUCGUCAGGUACCUUCACAGUAACGGUCUGGCUAAGUUGUCUUACUGGGUCGGUGGGAGAGAUGAAGGCCACGAGGGAUCUUACUUCUGGACUGAUGGUACCCAGGUCAAGAUGGGAACCCCCUUUUGGGGUGACGGCCCUAAUGACAAUAUUCAGGAGCCCGACGGAGGAACCUCUCAAAACUGCAUAUUUUUGUACAAGGAAGAACAUUAUUUUUUCUUUGAUCUUCCUUGCCACGAACUUCGUGGAGUUAUUUGUGAGAAACUGAAAUUGCCUUAAAUUGCCAUAGCUGCCUUCUAUCCUUGAAGUAUCAGCUGCCUCCUGACCUUGGAGUAAUACUUACCACCUGACCUUGGAGUAACUCUUACCACCUGACCUUGGAGUAACAUAUACCUCCUGACCUUGGAGUAACACCUGCCUCCUGACCUUGGAGUAACACUUGCCUCCUGACCUUGGAGUAACUCUUACCACCUGAUCUUGGAGUAACUCUUACCACCUGACCUUGGGGUAACACAUACCUCCUGACCUUAGAGUAAAACCUGCUCCCUGUCCUAGCACUAACACUUGACUUGUGUCCCUCGAGGAGCACCUCCGAGACCUGGCAGGUCAUCACUAGGACCAAGUGUGUACCCUGGAGCAUUUAUCUAAUACAAUAUGUAAUAAUAAAGUGAUGAGCUCUUUGAUUCAAAUGAUAAAUUAUAAUAUACAUGAUUCAUGAGAAAAUAAUUUGAGGUUCCAACUUGAACAACACAUGAGCACUUCUCCAAGCUGUACAAAACAUGAGCACUCCUCCAAACUGUACUGUACAUGAACACUCAUCCAAGCUGUACAAAACAUGAGCACUCCUCCAAACUGUACAGCACAUGAGCACUCCUCCAAACUGUACAACACAUGAGAACUCCUCCAAGCUAUACAACACAUGAGCACUCCUCCAAGCUGUACUGCACAUGCACACUCCUGCAAGCUGUAUUGCUCAUGAGCACUCCUCCAAGCUGUACAAUACAUGAGCACUCCUGCAAGCUGUACUGCUCAUGAGCACUCCUCCAAGCUGUACAGCACAUGAACACUCCUCCAAGCUGUGUUACUCAUGAACACUCCUCCAAGCUGUACAACACAUGAGCACUCCUCCAAGCUGUACUGCUCAUGAGCACUCCAAGUGUACAGCACCUAGGCAUUCCUCCUAGCUGUACUGUUCAUGAUCACUUCUUGAAGCUAUAUUAAUAAAUAAGCCAAUUUUCCUUAACCUAACCCUUAACUAGGGGCCUUAUCUUCCCUCCCCUCUUUCCUCGAAAAUUAGGGUAAAUUAUGGAUAAUUAAGGUGAAAAUAUAGUUUCACAUAUUAUCCAAAUUUAUCCUUAUUUAACCCUAAUUUAUCUCUAAUGAACCCUAAUUUAUAUAAUAUUAUCUUUAUUUAUAAAAUAUUAUCUUAAUUUAUGUCACAUUAUUUAAAUUUAGGUCAUAUUAUCUUAAUUUAUGUCCUAUUGUCUUAAUUUAUGACAUAUCCUAAUUUAUCCAUAUUUGACCUUUAUUUAUGUUAUAUUAUCUAAAUUUAUCCCUAAUUUAUUCUUAUUUAUGACAUAUUACCCUAAUUUAUAAUAAUUUAGAAAAUGUAGAGGAGUCUUGUCUUCUUUUAUGUGCUAGCCAUAUGCUGUAUUGUGCCUACCAAUUUUUGUCAACUACCAUUCAAGCUGUCAUUGCAAUCAAUCUUAG